GAUCUUUCAACACUCUCCUCUCUCCUCCGGUCCGGUUCGGUUAGUAGGUCAACCUCAGCCCAGCAUUUUUUUUUAAUAGUUCUCCUUCAUCACUCCCAAACAUAAACCAUGAGGGAAAUUGUUCACAUUCAGGCUGGCCAGUGCGGGAAUCAGAUUGGUGCAAAGUUCUGGGAGGUGAUCAGUGACGAACACGGCAUCGACCCAACAGGAACCUAUCAUGGCGACAGCGACCUGCAGCUGGACCGGAUCAGCGUUUACUACAACGAAGCAACAGGUGGGAAGUAUGUACCCAGAGCCAUCCUGGUGGACCUGGAACCAGGAACCAUGGACUCGGUCCGAUCAGGACCCUUUGGCCAAAUCUUCAGACCUGACAACUUUGUCUUUGGUCAGAGUGGAGCUGGGAACAACUGGGCCAAAGGUCACUACACGGAGGGCGCGGAGCUGGUGGACUCGGUUCUGGACGUGGUCCGGAAGGAGGCGGAGAGCUGCGAGUGCCUGCAGGGCUUCCAGCUUACACACUCCCUGGGAGGAGGCACCGGCUCCGGCAUGGGGACCCUGCUGAUCAGCAAGAUCAGGGAGGAAUACCCCGACCGCAUCAUGAACACCUUCAGUGUGGUUCCCUCCCCUAAGGUUUCUGACACGGUGGUGGAGCCGUACAACGCCACCCUGUCCGUCCACCAGCUGGUGGAAAACACAGACGAGACGUACUGCAUCGACAACGAAGCUCUGUACGACAUCUGCUUCCGCACGCUGAAGCUGACCACGCCCACCUACGGAGACCUGAACCACCUGGUGUCGGCCACCAUGAGCGGCGUCACCACCUGCCUGCGCUUCCCCGGCCAGCUCAACGCCGACCUCCGGAAGCUGGCCGUCAACAUGGUGCCCUUCCCCCGCCUGCACUUCUUCAUGCCGGGCUUCGCCCCGCUGACGAGCCGCGGCAGCCAGCAGUACCGCGCCCUCACCGUGCCCGAGCUCACCCAGCAGGUGUUCGACGCCAAGAACAUGAUGGCGGCGUGCGACCCUCGCCACGGCCGCUACCUGACGGUGGCCGCCGUCUUCCGCGGCCGCAUGUCCAUGAAGGAGGUGGACGAGCAGAUGCUGAACGUGCAGAACAAGAACAGCAGCUACUUCGUGGAGUGGAUCCCCAACAACGUGAAGACGGCCGUGUGCGACAUCCCGCCGCGCGGCCUCAAGAUGGCCGUCACCUUCAUCGGCAACAGCACGGCCAUCCAGGAGCUGUUCAAGCGCAUCUCGGAGCAGUUCACCGCCAUGUUCCGCCGCAAGGCCUUCCUGCACUGGUACACGGGCGAGGGAAUGGACGAGAUGGAGUUCACCGAGGCCGAGAGCAACAUGAACGACCUGGUGUCCGAGUACCAGCAGUACCAGGACGCCACGGCCGAGGAGGAGGGCGAGUUCGAGGAGGAGGCCGAGGAGGACGCCUGACGGGAAAACACGGGGCGGAGCUGAAAGGAAAGUUUGAUAUGUUU